AUGGAGGUCCCUCCUCAGGUGAACAGCUCAGACAGAGUGAAGAGCGUGCUGCUGCCAUGCAGUCUCUCCCACCCCGAGCAGGACACCUACACGGGUCAGAUAAGCGUCCAGUGGAGAAAAGGUGAACGUUACGCCAAACCCUUCUUUAAGUGUACUCUGAUGAACCGUACGGUGGCAGCUGGAGACCAGUGCUCUGGGUACGUGGCUGCAGGGCGCUUCUCCCUCUCCGGCGACCCCCGUCACAGGGUGCUCUCCCUGCAGGUCAGCGAGCCGUGGCUGAACGACACCGGCGUGUAUUUCUGCCGGGUCGAACUGGAUUAUGACAAGUACCAGAGUAAAUCUGGAACCACACUCAACGUUACAGGCCCAGCCCGCAUCGUUAGCCUCUCCCAGAAGCCCGUCCCUGACAACAGCACUCUGGAAUGUGUGGCGGUCGGAAAUCCUCCACCAGAGGUCACUUGGUUCUCCUCAUUCGAGGGCCAGAAGCAGGCAGCUGCCCAAAAAGCUGACCCAGAGGACAAGUACACCAUCAGGAGCUCCAUCCAUAUAUCCACUCAGGGGGUCUACACCUGCCGUGCGAAGAACUCUUUGGGCUCCGAUGUGAAGGUGUUCCCCCCAGGCGAAGGGCCCACGGCCCUGACCGCGUGGCUGAGUGUGCUGGCUGGGCUUGCACUGCUGGCUGGGCUGGUGGUGCUGGCUUCUCUGCUGUGGAUGAGGAGAAGAGGAGCCUCCCUGACAAUGGACAGGUGUUUUCAAAAUCGAGAAAGACAGAAAACAAGCACGCCUGACCAAAAUCCUGGCUCCCAGAUUCCCAUCUAUGCCAACUGCUCAGAGAGACGUGGCGAGCAAGAGCUAGUUUAUGUUGACAUAGAUCAUUGUCAAAGCAGUCCAAGCACACACACAAGACCACCUCGCAGAGUGGAAAAUGAUAUCAUUUAUUCUGAUGUGAACUGAGAGACCAUCUGUUGCUCCUGAAAACAGGCUAAGGUGCUGGACAUUGUCGAAGUAUGUGCAAUGCAAAUGACGCCCUUUUCCUUUUCUACACUGUCAUAAAAGCUGUGCCAGUAUUUAGAUGACUGUAAAAAUAACUUAUGCAACAUUUUCUCUAUAAUAAUGAAACAUUUACCAUUAACACUAAUGUUUUGAGAUAUUAUGACCAGCCUCAUAUAAUGUGAGUACCAAUGUUUUAAUGUUUAAUCUAACUAUGUCAAAUGUACAUUACUGAUGUCAUCACACACUUGUACAGUAUGUUUAUCUCAAUGUGACAACUAUCCACAUUGUAUGUGUGCUCUUUUCAUGUGGUAUCCACAAAAGGGUCAAUUAAAUGUAUUCCCUACUGGGAUUAUAAACAAAACUACCUUAAUGCAUGAAUCUCUGAUACACCUGUGUGAAACUCUUUCACAAAAGUCUUCAAUCAGCAAGCAUUCAUUAUCCAUAGAGAUGUCUCUGUUCUUUGUUGAUAUUGCAAGUGUGUGCUCAGUCAAAUUGAUUGUGUUGGGGAAUAUGCUAAUUUGUUUGUUCAGAUUUGUGCCAUAUAAAAGUAAAAAAAACAAAAUGAAUAAAAGCAGCCCU